AUGUCAGCCAGCCAUGUCGCAGUUCCCCUCGGUCUCCUUCAUAUGAAGAAGCUCCAGAGGUGGUUCGGCCAUCUGCGUCUCGACCCAAUGCGCCACAAAAGGCACGUACUCACGGUUCCUCCCUUGGUCCAAUCAGACUUGGAGUACUGGGGAACUCCCAGGGUGCUGACGAUGGGAGUUCCCCUGGGCAGAGCCACAUCACACGUCUCGGUGUUCACAGACGCAUCUCUGCUCGGCUGGGGAGGCACGUGUCUGUCACAGGCUGUGGAAGGACGGUGGGAUCACACCCCGUCUCUCCACAUCAACUGCCUGGAACUAGCUACGGUGCUGAAGGUGGUGAAACACUUCGCACCGGUGCUGAAGGGCAGACACGUCAUGGUGUGCUCGGACAGCACAACAGCCGUCGCAUACAUAAACCGGCAAGGCAGUGUUCGCUCUGUCCAGCUGCUGGAAAUUGCACGGGAACUCCUACUCUGGGCUCAUCAAAACCUGCUCUCCAUCAGAGCCGUGCACGUCCCGGCCAAGCAGAACUGCACUGCAGACCUCAUGUCACGGGGAGGGCCCCAAAAAAAACACCCCUGGCGGAGGGGUCUCCUCUGCGCAUUCCCUCCGGUCCCACUUAUCCCGCGGCUCCUCGCACACAUGCAGGACAAGCGGCUGCGCGUCCUCCUGAUAGCUCCGGAGCGCACGAGCGCAGCUUGGUUUCCGACCAUGGUUCAGUUGCUGGCGGGAGAGCCCUGGCAACUCCCCUGGCAGGGAGACGCACUCUCUCAGCUGGAUGGCGUGAUCCAGCAGUUCCCCGUGAUAGGUCAGCGGCUGUGGGCCUGGCCCCUGAACAGGAACGACUGGAGAGCAUAGGAUUGCCUCCAGCGGUGGUGCGCACU